AUGCUGUGUCUCGGAUCACUACUCCAUCCUUACAGCCGCCUCACCCAGUUCCGGCAGGUUUGGGACUCCCUCAGGUUUCCCCUUCUGGGGUGCCCAAUGUUCAACGAAGAGAUGCAGGUACAGACGGUUUGCGCGGUCUUACUGUGCUUCACCUGCGGCGCGCUGUGUUCAGAGCUGGACCUGGACCAGAGGGCCCUGACGCAGGAGAUCCUGAGCAGUCUCUUCUCUGCAAAGAUGAGACCACAGAGCGCCCCCUUCUGGAGAGUGUCUCUGUCCACGCUCUGUCGCCUGGUGUCUGAGGCCGACGAGGGGCGGAGCCAAGAGGUGGAGGAGGCGGAGCUGAGCCAGACAGGCCCCGCCCCCCUGAACGAGCAGCUGUACGGACUCCGAGUGCUGUGUCAGCGUCUGCAGGAGCGCGAGCAACAGCUGCAGCAGGACUCGUCGGAGCUGCUGGACCUCAACAACGUCCCGGCGAAGAGGAGGACUCCGUACAUCUUAAAGAAACGGGCGUCCACCAGGUCCAAGCCCCGGCGACCGUACAUCCUGAAGCGCAGCGCGGACUACUGA